AUGAACAUCGCAAGAUUCAACCUGCAAUUGUUGAAACACCUUAGCUGUAGGCCAAUCUCUACUUCAUCACCGUCUUCGAUUCUCAAUCGGUCCUCACUCCUCUCCAAUCACAACCUGCAAUUGUUGAAACACCUUAGCUGUAGGCCAAUCUCUACUUCAUCACCGUCUUCGAUUCUCAAUCGGUCCUCACUCCUCUCCAAUCACCUCUUGCCACGUAACCUCUCUCCUCUUCCCUCACUGUUCUCCACCCCCGUCCGUCAUAUCCAUACCACCCUCUGGUAUAUAGUUCUUGUUCCGGAGAAGAAGGCAUGCGUCAUCGAGCGGUUCGGAAAAUAUGUGAAGACGUUGUCUCCCGGAGUCCACAUCUUGAUUCCAUUCGUUGACCGUAUAGCCUACGUGCAUUCCCUGAAGGAAAAGCUCAUUCCGAUUCCAGACCAGUCUGCUAUCACAAAGGACGGUGUCAAGGUUUUGAUUGAUGGAGUUCUGUAUGUGAAGAUUGUAGAUCCGCGGUUAGCGUCUUACGGAGUUAAGAAUCCGUUGUAUGCAGUUACGCUACUUGCACAGACAACUAUGCGCAGUGAGCUUCGGAAGAUCACUCUGGAUGAGACUUUCAAGGCAAGAGAUACUUUAAACGACAAGAUAGUGAUGGCCGUCAAUGUUGCGGCAACAGAUUGGGGGGAUAUAUCUCCUCCCCGGGAAGUGAUGGCAGCUAUGGAGAUGCAGGCGAAAGCAGAGCGCAAAAAGAGAGCUCAGGUUCUUAUAUCAGAAGGUAACGAAGUUUUCAUCCUCCCCCUCUGUGAUCUGUAA